CGGACAGCUUAAUUGAUCAUCUGUCAUUCCUUCAAAAUAAAGGUGAGCCAGCAGGAUGGCCAGGUUUCAGGAGGUGCAGUCGGGCCAGGCCACGGCCCUCAGCACCAGGGGCCUGGUUGCUAAGCGGUACAGCAUCCUGCAGAGUCUGGGCCGGGGAAGUUUCGGUUCAGUGUUUCUGGUUCAGGACUCCAAAGCUACAGACGGAGAACCGCUGAAGGUGUUGAAACAGAUUCCUCUUGGUGACCUUCGACCUGACGAGACGGUCCGAGCGACGCAGGAAGCCCAGCUGCUGUCUCAGCUGCACCACCCGGCCAUCCUCACCUUCUACCACAGCUUCCUGGAGAGAGACGCCUUCUGCAUCAUCACCGAGUUCUGCCAGGACCGGGAUCUGGACUGUAAACUCGAGGAGGUGAGACGAGCUGGGCGGAGCCUCCCAGAGAUCCAGGUUGUUGAUUGGCUCAUCCAGCUGCUGCUCGGCCUUCACUACAUGCAUGACAGGCGAGUCCUCCACAGAGACCUCAAGGCCAAGAACGUGUUCCUGAAGAGAAACCUCGUUAAGAUCGGUGACUUUGGAGUUUCCUGCCUGCUGAUGGGGUCAUGUGACCUGGCCACCACCUUCACAGGGACGCCCUACUACAUGAGCCCCGAGGUGCUGAGCCACCACGGCUACGACUCCAAGUCUGACAUCUGGGCUCUGGGCUGCCUCCUCCAUGAGCUCUGCUCCCUGACUCACGCCUUCCAGGGUCCUAACUUCCUGUCUGUGGUGAUGAAGAUCGUGGAGGGAGAAACCCCGACGCUGCCCUCGGGAUACUCUGAGGACCUGAACUCUGUCAUGAGGAGGAUGCUGCAGAAACAACCUUCAUCCAGACCUUCAGCUGCAGAACUCCUGAAGACCAGGUUCCUGGAGGAGAACAUGAAGAAGAUGAAGGACAGGUUUCUGUUUGUGUCGUCAGGAGGAGAGAGAGACGCUGAAGUCAUCGCCAGGAACAUGCAGACGAAGGUUCACCUGCAGACUCUGAUGGAGAGGUCAGAGGUCGACCAGAUGACGCCCAGAGAGAGAAUGAGGCUCCGCAAACUGGAAGCUGCUGACGAGAAGGCCAAGAGACUCAGGAAGUUGGCUGAGGAGAAAUACGAGGAGAUCCACAGCAGGAGGAGAGAACUGAGGAGCCGCCAUUUUGAAAAAGUCAGCCUGGAUGUCCUGAAUGAGAGCUGGGGGGGCGGAGCCUGUCGGAGUCAGCCAAUCAGCAGCCAGCACCACCGGUCACUGGGAUGGUCGCAGCCAAUCAGGAAGCAGGAUGAAGGCGAGAUGUCAGAGGCGUCGAUGCACGGAAUCCCAGAGGACCCUCAGGCUGCAGAAGUUUAUUACAACCAGGACGCUUUUGAUUCCUGUUCAGAGGACGAGGAGACGGAAACACCUGCAGAGACGCUCUACCUGUCUGACCCUCAGGUCAGUGAGCUGGAGGCCAUGAUGAAGCACAUGCAGAGAGUUCUGGACGAGGAGCUGAUCGGAGACCCAGCAGAGCCCGAGGCCCCUCAGAGUCCUCAGGGGCCCCCCAUAAUCAACAGCAGCCUGCUGGAGACCAGAAUCCAACACCUGAGAGAGUCCGUCUGCAGCCGUCUGGGUUCAGACGUCUUCCAGAAGCUCUACGAGGACCUGAAGGAGGCCAGACGGCGUGAGGACGGCGGUGUCACGGAGACUCCGAGACACCCGGAGGACAAACCUGAUGACAGUCUCCAGGUGGACCAGCUGCUGUUCUACGAGGAAGAGCUGCAGAGAGUGAGACAGCUGCAGGAGGACGAACCACCUGUCUGACUGUCUCUGAAAAACAACUCAACUGAGGAGGAAACGACAGAGAGACAAGAACCUGAAGAGGAAGCUGUGAACUGUAAAAUCAUAAACGUAAUAUUCGUAUAUAAUCAUAUUAAAUGAGGACAUU